UAGGAGGAGUUUCAGUGCUGAGUAUCUGGCACCCUUUGAUCAAACCGCGCUGCUGUGUGAUCGGAUGGAGGCGCGAUGGCUCCGUUUCCCGAUGAGGUGGAUGUUUUUACCGGACCUCACUGGCGCAUGAAGCAGCUGGUGGGGCUCUACAGUGAGAAGCUGUCAAAGACCAACUUCUCCAACAACACAGAUUUCCGCUCGUUCCUGCAGUCGCUGCUCGCCACGUUUAAAGAGUUUAAGAUGCACGAGCAGAUCGAGAACGAAUGCAUUAUGGAUCGGCUGCAGCAGCGCAGUCAGACGGUUUAUCACGUUCAUGCUGACAACAAACUCUCUGAGAUGCUGAUGCUCUUUGAGAAGGGACUGCGCAGUGUUAAGAGCGAAUACGAGCAGCUGAAUUAUGCGCAGCAGCUGAAGGAGCGACUGGAGGCCUUUACACAGGAUUUUCUUCCUCACAUGAAGGAGGAAGAGGAGGUGUAUCAGCCCAUGUUGAUGGAGUAUUUCUCUUAUGAGGAGCUGAAGGCCAUUAAGAGGCAGGUGAUGUUACAGCACAACAGCUCUCAACCCUGGAGCUCAGCGGCCGACGUCCUGAAAGGUUUGAACCUCUGGACUCGAGCUGAGGAGCUGCACAAGGUCUUCAAAUACUCCGACCACGAGAAGACUGAAGAUGCAGAGCAUGACGGCACGCGCGCAUCUAUCUCUGGACUUCCUCAUGAGGUGCUGCUGAGAGUCUUUCAAUAUUUGAGUCCAGAGGAUCUCUGUCGCUGUGGGCAGGUGUGCAGCACAUGGGCGCAGGUGACAAAGACCGGCUCGCUCUGGAGACACCUGUAUCCCGUCCGCUGGGCUCGAGGUGAUUAUUAUUGUGGUCCUCCGGGAGAUCUGGACCAGGAGCCGGAUUAUGAAUGGGUGAACAGCCUCCUGAAUGAGGGACGGGCAUAUCAGGAGAAGGAUGAGGACGCAGAUGUGGAUGAAUCAGAGGAAGCAUCUGAGGAUGAUUCAGGCAUAAGCGCGGUACAGAGAGAGAAGAAACUACUCGAUGGUAUGAUCCAGAACCUUCUACCCACCGUAGGUCCAUCUGUGCGCUCUCUGAGCUUGGCAUACAGCUCGGCCGUCUCCAGUAAGAUGGUGCGACAGAUUCUCAGUUUCUGUCCAAAUCUGACUCAUCUGGACCUCACACAAACUGAUGUGUCUGACUCCGCCUUUGACAGCUGGGCGAAGUUUGGGGUGUGUCGUUCUUUGGAGCAUCUUGAUCUCUCGGGCUGUGACAAAAUCACUGACCGCACGCUGAAGGUUUUAUCGCUGGGCUUGGGUGACCUAACAGCGCUCGCAAACUCCAGCGGAGGCAAACUGCUGAAAGCCCCGCCCUCUCCAAUCAAACUACAGGAAGAGCAAUCCCUUCCACCAAUAGGACGCAGCUGCCAGGAGCUGAUUUUCAAGCGAAGGCCUGGUGGGCGUGGCUCGGGCUGUGGCCCCGUCCACGUCUGGGUUCUUAAUUCAGCAGAGCUCGCAGAUAUCGAAGAUGCGGCCGAUUGGAGCAAACGAGGAGGCGUGUCUAUCCAGGAUAGUGGUCUUGGGUGCCUUUUGGGGCCUCAAGGAGGGGGCGGUAUAUGCUGCUGUAGGAGGAGCCGGAGGCGGGGCUUCAAGAAUGGCAUUAGCUCCUCCCACUGGCAGUACGGCUCUAUGGAAGAUGCCCUUUGUGGACACUCCACCUGCUGUACGUCUGAUACGGUGCUCUGGACUGUAAAAGAGCAGUGUGACGUGCAGGCUGCAGGGGGCGCUGUUGAUUUUUGGACUAAAUGCUCAUUUGAGGGCGAUUCUUGCCCUGAGCAUAACAACAGGACUAACCAAUCAGGAGCCUUUCGAGCACUAAAGUUCCUCAGCCUGUCUGGAUGCUAUCAGAUCACAGACCUCGGCCUGAGGUGUCUGUCACAGCGAGGUGGUCUUCCCCAAUUGGAGCAUCUGAAUCUGUCUGGAUGUUUGCUCAUCACAGGGGUGGGGCUAGAUGAGCUGGUGUCUGCUUGCCCCGCCCUCAACAUGGAGCACUUUUACUACUGUGACAACAUUAAUGGUCCACACGCUGACACAGCCAGUGGAUGUCAGAACCUGCAGUGUGGCUUCAGAGCCUGCUGUCGGUCUGGAGAGUGAUCUGCUUUCUCCCUCCAUCACCCAAUUCUCAUUUCUCAUUUAUUUGCACUUUAAUCGAGAGGUCGGGUCAGAUGCUCUGGCUCGAUGCUGUUUUCCCCAAAAUUGGAAAUUUCAACAAAAACUAAAUUUGUCUUUGUUACCGUAUCGCCGCUACUGCUAUGAGGUAUUCUGAAGGAACUAUACAGUGUAUAUUUGUAAAUAAUUCUACUUGAAAGUGAGAAAAGAAAGUAUGAAUGCUUUAAGAUAAGACACAAUGUUGUUAUAGUCUAUAACUCCUCCAUCUCAGUCUGACUUUACUAAUCAAACAUUAUUUUGGGUUUGAUGUCGCCUGUUUCGGGUUAAUGGUUUAUAGUUUUUUUUUUAAGUAAGGCGUUUCGCCUGAUGCUGGAAUAACCGCAUGGUUGCCAGAUAAAUAGCUGCAGAUUUCUUUGCUAACAUGAUUAAAUGAGAAGCCAUCUGUGAUUUAAGCGAUUGGCAAACAGAUGUGAACAGGUCAGCAGGGUAAAGCUUUGACUGGUUAACAGGUUCAUAUGAUCUGUGACGUGUCAUGGGUUGGAUAUACUCUUAUUGUAUAUUCUUCAUUAUUUUCAUGGGGUUUGGGUGCUGCAUGAUCUGAUUCUCUGUUCAAUAUCUCAUCAUUAAAACAUCUUGAAAACAUAAA